GAGUACUCAGUAUGCAUUUGAAAAGAACAAAGGAAAAAGAUCAAAUGGGCUAGGGGCUAAAUUAGGGUGGAUUGAAAUAAGGCCUGGAAAAGAGGGUUACUGCCCAACCCAAAAGAAAGCAUCACCCAACGUUUGGGGUUCGGAAUGCUCUGCACCAUUCCACGCUCUUUCGUUCGGCGCCACUUUGUUCUCACCUCUUUCGUUUGCCUGGCCUAUAGGCACUUCAUUGCGGCAAAUGCAACGUCAACCUUUUCGGUCUAUCGUUUCCAGUUACCCAGGGGAGGUGGUUCUUGUAUCAGUACAGUGUCCAAAUCCCGAUUUCAACAGACCAAAUUUCAGAUGGAGAAUGUUGCAGGCAGCGGUCAUUAAUUGAAGCAGUAGCUGAUAUGCUAGUGUUCGGUGGGAAGGUAUUUCUCCAGUCUGAUAUUGAAGCUGUGGCUGUGAGAAUGAAAGAUGAAUUCAUGGGGCAUGACCAAGAAAAGCUCGGAGUUGUGGAUCCUUCAGGGCAAUGGCUGAAGGAAAAUCCAUUUGGAGUUGCAUCAGAUUGGGAAAAGCAUGUUCUGGAACGCGGUGACCCCAUGUAUAGGCUUUUACUCUUUAAACUGGGAAGCUGAAAUUGUGAUGCUCUCUACACAAUUAUACCUCACCUCUGGAGAAAAAGGGUGUAUGGCAGCAAAGUUUGAAUUAUGGUUGGUCAGAAGCAUGUAAGACGCUUUCAGUCGCCUUUCUGAAAGCCUUGGGAGCAUUGAUAAUCUGUGAGGCGCGAACCAUUUAUACAUUCUUUGACCAUGUUCGGGAAAUCAAGCACUCCAUUCGCUGCCGAAUUCUACUUAUGAAUGUUUUGAUACGUAUCUAAUUCUCUCCACACACCAUGAUAUGUAGGAACAAGGCAUUUUGGUUGGCUUGGUGGAACUUUGCCUAGCUUACCAAGUGGAUCAGGAAAUUCAUUGCCAAUGCCAUAGCCAGAGAGACAAAGUAUAAAAUGCAGGGGGAAUUCAGAACUGCACAGAUAUUUGAGGUAUUUGUACUUGUGAAGUCUUGAGUGUAGCAAUUGGUCAAUAACAAUAUUUUGUUGCCUCUCUAGUCUCCACUCUUGUGCCCUUUAGACCCUAAUCACCAAUUACAUUAGCUAUGAGAUUGAGAUUUAUGGAAAAGAUAGAGAAACCUUACCCAAU